CUCAACAAGACACACUCUGACCCUGCAGUGAAGUCGUUGUGAAAAGUCAGUGCGCAGCUAGGCUGAGACAGAAAACAGCCUUCAGCACUCUGGCACAGCCAGCAUUCGAGGAGCAGUGAGCUGAGAACCUUUCCACUCGUGACUGCAGCAGCGUCAGUGCAGUACAGAGUCGAGCAGGGUUACACUGAGACAGAAAACAGCCUUCAGCACUCUGGCACAGCCAGCAUUCGAGGAGCAGUGAGCUGAGAACCUUUCCACUCGUGACUGCAGCAGCGUCAGUGCAGUACAGAGUCAAGCAGGGUUACACUGAGACAGAAUACAGCCUCCAGCACUCCGGCACAGCCAGCAUUCGAGGAGCAGUGAGCUGAGAACCUUUCCACUCGUGACUGCAGCAGCGUCAGUGCAGUACAGAGUCGAGCAGGGUUACACUGAGACAGAAUACAGCCUCCAGCACUCCGGCACAGCCAGCAUUCGAGGAGCAGUGAGCUGAGAACCUUUCCACUCGUGACUGCAGCAGCGUCAGUGCAGUACAGAGUCGAGCAGGGUUACACUGAGACAGAAUACAGCCUCCAGCACUCUGGCACAGCCAGCAUUCGAGGAGCAGUGAGCUGAGAACCUUUCCACUCGUGACUGCAGCAGCGUCAGUGCAGUACAGAGUCGAGCAGGGUUACACUGAGACAGAAUACAGCCUCCAGCACUCUGGCACAGCCAGCAUUCGAGGAGCAGUGAGCUGAGAACCUUUCCACUCGUGACUGCAGCAGCGUCAGUGCAGUACAGAGUCAAGCAGGGUUACACUGAGGCAGAAGCAGGUUGGCUGCAGUGAAGUGUUGCUGAUUAUGGAUUACGCAAUGAAGUCUCUCAGCUUGUUCUCCCCCAAGUCCCUCUCCAAGUGCGUCUCCGCUAGCGCCUCCAUGACCCAGCAGCUGCUCGCAGGCCCUGCCACCCGACCCAAACCCUUCCGGGUCGCAAACUUCAACCGCAGUGUCAAGAAGGGCAUCAUGGCUGACGGGCUGAGGGACCUUCUGAACAAGCUCCCGGAUGCCCUGCAUGUCUCCAGUGUCUGCUCUCUGGUCCUGGAGGAGGACGGGACGAUGGUGGACACAGAGGAGUUCUUCCAGACCCUGGAUGACAACACUGUCCUCAUGGCGCUGGACAAGGGACAGGAAUGGACCCCCAGUGAGAAUGGAGAGUACCACUUGCACCUCACGGACAGGCCUCGCCACAGGAAGGAUGUCGCCAGGAUCACCUUUGACUUCUACAAGUCGAACCCCCGCGAUUUAAUUGGCUGCCUGAACGUGAAGGCCACCCUGUACGGCAUGUACACCGUGUCAUAUGACCUGCGCUGCUACGGGGCCAAGAAGAUGAUGAAGGAGGCCCUGCGCUGGACCCUCUUCUCCAUGCAGGCCACAGGCCACGUCCUAUUGGGCACAUCCUGCUACAUGCAGCAGCUAUUGGACGAGGAGGAGCAGGGGGCGGAGCGGAAAGAGCAGCUGACCCAGCCCACGCAGCUGCAGAGCAUCCUAUGGGGAAAGACAGUGGUGUGACUUCACAAUGGGGAGGGGGCGGGACCACACUGAGGGCUGAGUUACACAGCAUUCUUCACAUCAUGGACUGUGCUGGAGUAUUUGGGACAUUUGGAAAGGGGAGCUGAUUUACAGACAUGCUGGCUCCCAAGCCAUGCUUUAUCAAUCUGACCUGCUUUGAGUUUUGACUCUUGUAGUGUCUGUGUAUUGCGUGCUGUUCUCGUAUAACAGAAUUUAUAAGUGGAUCUUUUUACUGUAAUGCGGUGUGAAUUAUCGCUAUUGUUUUUCAGUGUAUUUGAAAUUUAAAAGAAUAAUCCAGUGUUUGUUUAGAUUUUGAUAGCCGCCCUCCUGCACAAGUUUUAUUCAGCAGGAAAUCCAAGAACUAGGUGUUUUUCUACCCUACCGGCUGCCUGUGCUGCACGGGGCUGUAAUAAUUUUUUGUUUUGCAUUCACGUUCCAUCCUCCUUUGGGUUUACUGUGGGCUUUUAACCACGCCGCGCGCCUCUGUUUGGCCACGCCGCGCGCCUCUGUUUGGCCACGCCGCACGCCUCUGUUUGGCCACGCCGCGCGCCUCUGUUUGGCCACGCCGCACGCCUCUGUUUGGCCACGCUGUCGUUUCACUUCGUUUUCUGAGCCACGAUUUCUCACCUGGCUUGGUGUUCGUUUCAGAGACUCCCCUCCUCAGUGUUGCUGUCUUUGUUUUAAUGUGUUUAACGACUGGGGCGUUGCACAAUGCACACUCAGUGAGCACUGAUGAAGCCUGGUCUCUGCACUGUCACACAUUUGAAUGGAUUGAUUCACUUUAGUAGCACUGUUUGUAUAUCUCUACAGCACCACAGAAUACUUGAAGGUGUGUGAAACGCAGAUCUGAACAGAGAUGUGUCUCCUCUGCUCCGGAAGUGAGGAAUUCAGAAUAAACUCCAAUAUCCCAGAAUACUUUAUCUCCGCAGUGAAAUGACAUUGAUCAUUUGUGACGGGCUGCCAGUGGCUGGCUGUGCCUGGUGUGGCACGCUAACCCCGCUGCCGACCCGGUUCCUUCUCGUAUCGAGUCAUGAUGCUGUGUACGUAAGCAUGACGCUGAACGCUGUGUGCAAACACCAAGACGGGCCAUCUUCAUAACGCUAGUUACUGUGCUCUACUGUAUGAAUGCUCUGCUGUGCUCUACUGAGAGGGAAUGCGUAUUUACUUACCACCUGCUUGUAGAAUACAGAACUCCUGUUUAUUUAUUUUUGUUUCUUUUUCUUUUGAUAGUCGUUUCUUGUAGUUGUGAGGGAGAGGGUGGAAGAUACAUGUGAAGAUUUUAAAAGUGAUUAGUUCUAAGAAGCUGGCAUAUGGAUAUUUCAACGUUACAUUUUUCUUUCAAACGUUUCAAUUAAAGGAUUUGAAUGCAUAUUAUGUAGGAUCGGGGGGUCAAGGGGGAUCUCUGUGUCCGACUGCUGCUGUGGGGAGAAAAAAAUUGAAGGACAUUCAUGCAAGACUCUGUGUGGGGGGGUGGAAGGGCAAAGUGUAAUAAAGUAUAGAGAGGUGAAGUAAAGCAUAUUUAUAAAAACCAGCCAUGUAAUCGAUGAUAAACGCGUUGGAAAGCUGACCAUUCAGUGCAACUUUCUGUUGGCCAACUCUUCUAUAAGGAGUGUUUCAGGUCUCGGGCUGGUUUGUUACAUGGAGUGUGUUAAGUCUAUGAAUACAGGGCUGAAGCUGUAUAUUUAAUAGAAUUGUGCAAUAAAAUGAUUUGUAUAUGAUAAUAAUUCUG